AUGAAGCCGUUAAUAACGAACAAGAAUACUCUUUUUGCCCUUGGUAUUAUAUGUUUUUCGCAUCUUUUCACGACAAGUUCAUCGCUUGCGAAGAAGGAGAUUCUUAUACUUGGAGGAAAUGGUUUUAUCGGCAGUGCGACCACAGUUGCGUUACUUGAUCACGGGUAUAACAUCACGCUGUUGAACAGAGGGAAUGCCUACUACGAUUCGGACACAAGAAUAAAACCACACGUCUCCAGGCAUAUCUUAUGCGACCGAGAAAAAUCUCUGCUGCUCGAAUGCAAGGAAUUGCUAGAAGAUAGAACGUACUACGAUAUCGUGAUUGACUUCACUUCGUACUCUCCGAAGCAAGUCAACCAGGUUUUGGAAGCGCUAUUGGGACGAGUUGGUUUCUACAUAUUUAUCAGUAGCGAGGCGGUGUAUGAAGUUAGCACAAAGAAUCACACGCAGUCUAGCAAAGAAGAUGAAGCAAUUCGACCAAUUAGCCCGAAACAACGGCGGGAACUGCAGAAAGAACUCCCUUACGGAGACAAGAAAUUAGCAUGCGAGGAAACGCUCGCAAAACAACAGAAGGACGGAGGAGUUUCAUAUUUGAUUCUGCGUCUACCGGUUGCGAUUGGUCCUCGAGACACUACGUACAGGUGAGCUAACAGUAUGUUAAUGCAUCGCCGCGUUAUGUACACAACUUUAUAUUGCUCUGAAGAUGUUGCAAUUAAGAAGCAACGAAACGUAAAGGUUAUUUACACUAUCAAAGUUUCUGUAAUCACAAUAGGAAUUCUGCAUAGGUAAAUUCUACGUUUUGAAGGAUUUGUAAGAAACGUUUGAGGAAACUGUUAAUUAACUGUUUAACACUGAGUCAGUUCCCGCGCAUUCAUUUCUUACAAAUCCUUCAAAACGUAGAAUUGAACUAUGUAAAUUCCUACUGUGAUCACAGAAUCUUUGAUAGUGUACAUAAGCCUUAAACUUAAAUAAAAGUUUUCGUACAAACUCAAUUGUUUAUGGCUCGUCAUAAUAGUUGUCUGCAUGUGCUAUAAUAUUAUUUUUCCUCCCGGGAUAUCGAUUGCUACAAUAUGUAUACACACUGACGUUUUGAUAUUAAAUAUCGUACAACCUGUUUAAAUGCUGAUUACGUGGUCAAUUAAGAAUCAGUGAUGAAGAACACAUACGCGUUUUUAAUAUAAGUUGCCGUGAAACUCAUUAAUAAUUCAUGGAAAUACAAAAGGUAUCAUGAGCAUGAAGGAGUUUGUAUAUUUGAUACAAAAUCAUGCUGAUUUACAUAAACUUUAAGUGUAAUAACUAAUGGCGCAUUAGUUAUUCACCGGAAAAUUUAGGAAAAAGGAGAGGAUACUGAUAAUAAAUUCUUAUCUAGACAAUAUUUGUCCUUUCCCACUAGUGACUAGAAACAUAAAUGAAGAGUUAAACAUGUCCACAACACUUGAUUUAUUAAUGGUGGGGCAAUCCAUGCAAUAUGGUCGCCAACGGCUUCACUUAUGCACAGCAGAUGCUUCAUCCAGUCUUAUUUCAGAUCAGUGCUCAUUAUAUUGUGUACAAUAUAAUUCAUGUACUAUAUGCUAUAUUUCACAAGUCACAUGGGGGAAGAUAUUUGCUUUAUUGUCUAACUGAAUUAGAACUUAAACAGCAAACGAUUAGACUGGUCAUGAAUUUGACUGAUUUAUAAAUCUCAUCUCAUUAAAAUAUUCCGGCUUCAAAAUCGGGUUACUGAAUUUAAUAUGACAAUAGGAUGCUUUAUGCAGUCUUAUUUCAGAUCAGUGUUUCUCACCAAAUAUCAUUCAUAAAUUGCCGAAGAAUACGAAUGUUUUCAUCAAGACGUUUCUGAUGCAACUCUGGCCGCUCAUACAUGCAUCGGUUGUAAAUAGUACUUAAUUCCGCUUUUCAUUUGACUUUAUUUGUUAUGCUAAUUGUUUUAUAUAUAUAUAUAUAUAUAUAUAUAUAUAUAUAUAUAUAUAUAUAUAUAUAUAUAUAUAUAUAUAUAUAUUUCAUAUUUUUAUGUCUUUGUUUGACAUUCGACAAAGCAGCAACACUCGCUAAGCACGAGGCGCGCAUAAGUCUAUACAAUGAACUAUAGAGUGCUCAAGAACGUGGUACCCCGAACGAGCAUAAUAUAUGAUUUCGAUAUUUAUAUAUAUCGAAAUCAUAUAUAUAUAUAUAUAUAUAUAUAUAUAUAUAUAUAUAUAUAUAUAUAUAUAUAUAUAUAUAUAUAUAUAUAUAUAUAUAUAUAUAUAUUAAAACGCUAUUUAGAAUUUUGCAGAAAAUAUGCAAGAACAAACAAAAUAGUUGUAGGGUAUGACAUCAGAACUUAUUAAUAAAAAAAAAGUGAAAAAUAAGCCUUAUCGAAUAUAAAUGUAAUGGUUUUCAAUUAAUUAAAUAUUUUUUCACAUUUUGCCACGAACAUAAAUGGGAGAGCAAUUUAAAACUUUUCAUUGCAACAGCAAUGUUCAAUUGAUCACUAGAAGUCUAGCUAAGGCUAAUAUUGUAUCCCAUUAUAAAGAUAAAAUUUAAGCUUUCGGAAAGAAGAUCGCUCAAAAUUAUACAAACAGAACUUACAACACGUAUGUCACCACUUUGCGCAAAUACAGGUACGCGUAGCGUACCUAUUUUUUGAAGCGUCAUGCGACAAGUUAAUUAACCAAGGACAAGCACUGCAGUUUAGUUUUUGUAUUGCAAACCAGGAUUAAGAUAUUAAUAGACAAAUUUGGCUAACGUUGUUGUUUGUGUUGUUACUCUGAGUGUGCACCAACACCGGGCAAGCUGAAAAGUUUGCCUGAUUUACAUCCUUGCGCCUUUUUACAGGGUGUAUCAAAAAUCCUGCAAACACUAUAAUUUGCAUAAUUCUGCUGCUGACUAGCAUUUCAAUGUCUGUGCUACUUAUUUUGCUCCUGGGAUUUGAAAAUACAUACACAAAGUUAUUUGCAAUGCAGAAAACUAAUUAUCAGUUCGACUGCGAAUGCAUGGGUCAACUAUUGUGUUUACGCAAAGGGUUUGCAGGUUUUCUUAUAUACCCUGUAGUUAAUAUUUUUCGUGUUUACUGGAGCAUAGAAUAGUACAAAAGUAACAUAAGCAUUACAGUUAUGUGUAAGAGUUAUUCACUCAUGUAGAUAAUAUAUUCUAAAGCUUAUUAUACUGUAUUUAUUUAUAAAAUAAUAUUGACCUUAUUAUACUGUAUUAUAAAUGUUAACAGUAACAAAUUGAAAUAUUUUGUAAAGCGCACAAUUUUCUGCUCUUGGGAUUUUAAAGCAGCUUCUUAAAACAGUUCAUUAUGCAUAAAAUUUACUUAGGUCAAGCUUUGAUGCACUUGUGGGUUCAGCAGAGUGCUGAAGCAGUCAAAUUCUAACAAUACGUUAUUUCAAUAGUUUGCAGUUUUUUUGGGACUCCCUAUAGAACAAUGAUAAUUAGGCAUGUGAGUUAUCUAAUGUUGUGAAUCAGAGGGAAUCAAAGAGAUCAUUUGCAUGUAAUUAGUAUUGUACAGGGUGUCCCCCCAAAAAAGUGACACUAUAGAAAUUAUCUCAUUGUUCUUAAGCCGCUCUUAAACGCGCGUGAUUACACGCCUGGGAAUUUAAUGAACUUGUAUUUACAUUUAAGCAUUUUAAAACGUUUUCGCUUUGUCCAAAUAUUUUAACGCCCGAGUCAAGCAAAACGAUUACACUAAAUCAAAUAAACGGCUUGCUUUUUUAUUUUAAAUUCCAGAAGCAGAAGUUUAUGCACCUGUGGGAUCAACUUAGUGCUAGGGCAUUCAAAUUAUAACAAUGAGAUAAUUUCUAUAGUGUCACUUUUUUUUGGGACACCCUGUAUUUGUUGAUGGGAAAUUUUUCGUGCACGAAUUGUAGUGAUAUUGUUUAAAUAAUGAGUACACAUGAGGAUUUCAAAAUGCAAUGCAGUGUGAUUCAGUAUUCCAAAAAUUUCAUCAGGCAGCAAUUUACUUGCGAUAGUAACUUCUAGUUUAAACGUGCAACACAUUUUCUUGCUUAAUUCAAAUGUAGAUGGUGGAUUUAUCAACUCUGGGUUCUAACACAUGACGUCAUUCAUCACCCAGUCCAUAUUCCGGAUGGAGUACGCAGUGACUUAUUCAGUCUCAUUCACGUGGACGAUGUUGCUGACGUGAUCUCAAAAGCUGUUGCCAUGGAUACGAAUUCGAUCAAAAAUAGAGCGAUAAAUUUCGCACUGAAAGAGCACAUGGCUCUUCCAAGAGUAAUUAAAGAUAUUGCGUCAUACUAUGGAAUCGAUAAUGUACAUCACGAAGGCGACGAUAACUCUACAUGGUAUGUUUACCCGGCCGGAACAAAAGGCCCACUGGAUAUAUCUCUUGCCCAGGAAUUGCUGGACUGGGACCCAAUGCCCUGGAAACAGGCUGUCGAGAAAACGUGCGAGUUUUACCACAAUGCAAUGACGAAGGAGGAUUAUCUCAAGGAAAAAGAAACAGUUUUGGCUGACAUGCUUGACAAUAUUGUGCCUGAUGAAUAUUACGAUGCUUUCUUGCUCAAGUUAAAACAGCAGUUUGGCGAAACUGUUCUUAAGGGGAUAGAUUUGGAGGGUGGGAUUCCAAAAGGAGCACCGGAAAUAGACAGUGAGUACGUGCAAAGUGCUGCUGGUGAAAACGACAGUGAAAGAAUGGCGGAAGAAUUGUAGAGGACUUUACUGUAUUGAUUGAUAGUCUAAUAUAAGAUAAGAGAUAUAGGAUAGAAUCCGAAUUGGUAUGCUAUGCCCAGUGUUAAUACGGUUUUCCACUUCGCCCGUAUCGUAGCGAAACGUACUGGUGAGCAUGCGCAGAUGGAAAAAGGUUUAUAAAUCCACGUACUUCCGGGUGUAUUCGCGUAUCAGAAUAAAAAGUUCGUCGCAAGGCAACUUUUUGGCGUACUACGGAAGUACUAACCAAUCAACAGUCACGAAAUUUUGGAAUUUAAAAACGUUUUUGAUACGUUUCGGUACGGUACGCUUAAGUAGAAAACCGGCUUUACACGCAAGUGGGAAAACGGAGUUUUGAGUAGGCGCACCAAGCACGCAUGCCACGUAGUGGGUAGUAAACCAGGGAGAUUAACUCCACGUUUACACUAUACCACGGAUAGCUUUCCUUAGCGGCGCAAAAAAGCACCUGUCCUGUACGAUACGAAAUGUACAAUUUUGAGAAGCUGAGCGCGAAACAACAUCUCUCCGUUGCAAUACUUCAUUUGAAAAUAGCGUUCCUAAAAGGUACGGAUAGGUGUUUUUUUUUCACCUCGCUACGGAAAGCUAUCAGGUAUAGUGUAAACGUAGCCUAAUAUAGUCGAAUAUAGAACUUUCAAGUAAUGAAACAAACGGGGGGGAGGGAGAAUAAUAUACAGUGUGCGCUGGAUGAAGGUCAAUGAAUAUAAUGGUUGUAAGGGACCGCUCAUUAUUUAUCAGUGUACAGGGGGGGGGGGACUAAUGAGAAACUCUACAGUUAUAAUAUUUUUUCGUUGCCCCCCUCUUAAGACAAGUAGAAUUUCCAAAGCCCCCUCCAACAUCCAAAACAAGAACAUAAAUUUUGAUGCCCCCCCUGACUCUAGCUCUUUAUUUAGAGAAACAAGGGGGAUAAUGGGGACUAAUAGACAGCUCCCAUUAUAGACUAAUUUUUAUCUUAGCAAAAAAAUUAUAUUCCCGGAAAGAGCUUACUAAAAUUAGUAAAAUUGAAAAUUUUGGUUAUGAAAUGUUGUAAAAUGUGGAAAAAGUAUAGCCUUCCAAAGUUUGCAAAUUUUGUAUACUUUUGUAUUGCGUGCGGUCGGUAGCAAUUUCCGCUUGCAAUACAAAGGUAUACCAAACUUGCAAACUUUGCAAGGCUAUAUUUUCCAUAUUCUAGAAUAUUUCACAACUAAACUUUGCAAUUUUACUCAUUUUAGUAAGCUCUUUCUAGCUGUGGUGAUUCAUUUGCAUCUCUUUGCCUAGAGUAAAAUUAAAUUAGUCUAUAAUGGGAAUUGUCUAUUUGCAUGAACAUAAGAGACUAUUUAUUUUUUUCAUUUUGUUUUAUUUAUUUGGCUUCCAUUUAUGAUAUUAAUAUUAAAG